AUGGUAAGAUCUUUGUUCCUUCCCACAGCGAGCGGACAAUAUGAAUCUCCAGCCCUCAAUGAAAAGCUGUAUUUCCACUUUCGCGGGUUCACGAAGAUCGAGAACCUCGACAGCUACACCCAAGUGAGGGCUCUAUGGCUCGAAGGAAACGGCAUUCGCAAGAUCGAAGGGCUGGACAACCUGAAGCAGCUGCAGUGUCUGGAAAUUCAGAACCUGGAUAGCUGCACAAAACUGGUCAUGCUGGAUCUUUCCCACAACUGUAUCCGAAGAGUCCAAGGCUUGUCGUCCCUCCCUCAUCUCAACAACAUCAAACUCGCCUACAACGCAUUUGAGACACUUGAUGACAUUCGCGGCCUGGCUGAAUGUCGAGCCCUAACAAAUUUAGAUCUAUCUCACAACUGCAUAGAAAUCGGCGACAGCAGCAAGAGCCGAAGGUUCGCCACCACUUCGGCUCCUGUUCGUGGAGGAGCGAAUCUUGUGGAAUCAAAUUCAGAGGCAGCCUGCACCUCAACUUCUGACGCAGAAACCAACGAGGACCGCAAUGAUUCGGACUGGCUCGAAGAUUUCGUCAAGCUCUUACGACAGCUGCCGGGGUUGACGUGUUUGUAUUUCCAUGGAAACCCUGUUAUUCGGAAACUUCCUUAUUACCGCAAGCGUAUCAUUGCCGCUCUGCCUGGACUGCGGUAUUUGGACGACCGUCCCGUCAAGGCUCUGGAACGAAACGCCAGUGAGGCCUGGGUGAAGGGAGGAAAGGAGGCCGAGACGGCAGCCAUCAGGCAGUUCAAGGACGCAGAAAAACUGCAGUUCAACAGCUAUCUGGAAGACUUUCGAAACAUGCAAAACAAAUACAGGGAGAAUGUGCGGAGGGCGCUGGAUCGAAUUGCAAAAGAAGAGGAACGCAGGGCGCAGAUGGCAGCUAACAGCGGUGAGGGAAUCCUAACGGCUCCCACUGGAGCCAGGUUAUGGACUCAAGAAGAGCAAAAGCACGAGAUUGCGCGGGCCGACGCCGUCCGGCGACGCUGGCUCCGCGCAGCAGAUGCUGAGCUACGGGCGAUUGAGAUGCCUCGGACCGCCACUGAACCAACUGCUUCCGGGAGAAACGACCCUAGAGACGUCGUCGCUGCUGCAGCCGAAGGAAGUAGGCAGGUAUCCGGGACGACGUUUCUGCGGAGGCUGCAGCGAGCGGCUUCGGAUGAAGCUGUCGCCCCUUCUUUGCUUGGAGUGGAGCACGAGGUGCCCACGUCUGUAGGUGCACCCACGGACUCUGACGACCCCGCGACGAGCGUUGAUGAUUGCGGUCACGUUGUAGACGCCGCGUUACCCGGCGGUUUCGACGAGCUCCCUUCGCUGGCGUCCGAUGGGGCAAGACCUCUGAUUCUUUCCGAAACUUGUCAUUUUGUGGCUGAAGACCAAAAUGGUGUUGCAGUACGGGACAGGAAAGGCAGUGAGAACUCCGUUUUCGAGACGUGGAAACAGAGUAGCCAUGGUGGUCAGAUGCGACUUGCUGAGUUCGACGCCCCACGGAACCCGGGGAGGCGGAAUCCCCCGUCAGCGGGAGGCGGAGCCAGAGAAAACGUAUCACUUUUGAAUGACGAAAGCGCCUCGACAGGGGCUACCGUUCUCGGCACAGGAGGAGCACAGGAGGAGAAGCAUGAGUUCUGCUUUGGUAGGAUGGACUAA